AUGGACUUCACCCCGAAUCUUGUCGAGAUCUACACGCUGUAUGGAAUCGGCACCUGCAUGAUCUUUGCGCGAAUAGCAUGCAGAACAAAACUCGUGGGCGUUCGCGGCUGGCAUCCUGAUGACUACAUCAUCUUCCUCAGCUGGUCCCUAUACACGUCCGUCACAGUCGUAGCCCACGUCUUUAUCAUCAAGGCUGGCGGCAAGCACACGUCCCUCCUUACACAUGACGACCGGCGGCUCAUGCCGGCCUCGCAAGUCCCUGCGUGGGAAUACGGCUCAAAGAUCUUCAUGCUGGGCCAGAUGCUGUACGCCUCCAUUGUCUGGUCGCUGAAGUUCAACAUGCUCUUCUUCUACCGCCGCAUCACGCGCGGUCUCUGGGUGGAGAAGCUCAUCAUCCCGGCCAUUGCAUUCGUCGCCAUCACCGGGACAACGGUGCUCCUGGUCUUCACUUGCACAUGUCGGCCCUUCCACAAGCUUUGGCAAGUGUGGCCUGACCCAGGCGACCACUGCGAGCCGCAAAACUACGUCUUCUUCCUCUCGGUCCUCAUCAUGAACAUGCUCACGGACCUGAUAAUCAUGCUGAUCCCGCUGCCCGUCAUCACCAACGUCCAAGUGUCGCUCCCGCAGCGGCUGGGCCUGUACCUGCUGUUCGGGCUGGGCAUCUUCUGCAUGAUCGCGGCCGUGCUGCGCGUCGUCUUCGUCUUCGCGCUCAACCAAUCCGGCAUCAGCGCCAUGUGGUCCAUCCGCGAGGACUUUGUCGCCGUCUUCGUCGGCCAGGCCCCCAUGCUGCGCCCCAUCUUCACCCGCGGCUUCUGGACCGGCGAGACCGACUCGUACGGCAAGGGCAGCAAGGCCAAGAGUUACGGGAACCGCAGUGGGAACAUCGAGCUCGAUAGCAACCCCGACCACAGCAAGCACAGUCGCAAGGGCAGCACGGCCGCGUUUGGCGGCAGCGGCAAGAAGAAGGAUCCGUACAGCGUGACGCAGAUCAUGAGCGAGAGCCAGGAGGAGAUUGUCAAGGGCGGCGCUGGCGAUAUGGAGGCCGGGGCCAGGGUCGUUACGCAGAGGGAGAGUGCUACGCAUCUGACUGUGAACGUCCAGAGGACUGUGCAGGUUGAGAGCAGGGAGACUACGGCUGAUGAGGCCAGGUAUGAGCAGAGGGUGGAGCGAUGGGUAUAA